GACAUGAAGAGAGCAGACUGCAGCAGUGCCUGACAAAUUAUAGGAAAAUAUAGUAAAGGCAGAAACAGCAGGAUUGAAGAAAACAUCCUCUCAUUUUUUCAUGUGUUCAAUUAUAAGUUUUGAACAGUCUCAAUAGGAAGUAAAUCACUGCUGCAGACAUCAGGAUCACAAACAUGGAGGAUUCGUGCCUGGUCAGAUGUGACAGCCUGGAUGCUGGGUCAGUGUGUGACAGGGAGGUGAUGACCCCAAUCGACCACAUGACCCUUGACCCUGAGGGCUCUGACGCUAUAGCAAACCUGGAGCCUUCGCCAGCAGAACUGGCUCAGUGUGAGGCUGAAGUGGGAACGCUGCUCAGCAUCAUAGCUGAACUGAACAAGAAGAUGGGGUCAUUAAAGGCACCAAGUGAAGCAGGGGACCUGAGACCACCAGGACCAUCCAGGCCUCGGGUCCCAGACCUCCUGUCCCACAGGGUGUCCAGAAGCAGCCCAGAGAGGAACAUCGCCUUGGCUGCAACUAAACCUCUGCUGACUGAACGAGGGGGCGGUGGUGUAGUCUGGACUAAACUCCAGGCGGUGUUAUCGUCAGUGGAGGACUCCAUCAGCAGUAAAAGGUCCUGGGCCGCCCCCAUCACAGCUUCUGACCAGGACAAGCACAGAGAGCACCUGAGAGCAGCUCAGGAGAGCUGGGUUAAAGCCGCUCAGAUAUUGGAGGAAAUGGAAAUAGAGUUUGGGAUUACAUGCCCACCAGGCCCACCGAAGGACCAGUUUCAGGAGGACAUCCUGGAUCUGGAGAAGAGAGACUCUGCUCUCAGGAGCUCCCUGCAGAGUCACCAGGAGGGGCUGGAGAGAGCCCAGAGCACCAUCAACCUGAUGGAGGAGGAGAAGAGCAAGCUGGCUGGUCUCCAUAAGGCCUGGAGGUCUGGCAGUCGCUCUCCUUCCUACCGGCCCCCAGCUGGGGCUCUCAGUCCAGACUGGGCCUCUCCUCCUUUCCCUGGUUCCCCGUUACUCCACAGAAGAUCAGCCAGGGCUGUGACGCCUCUGUCCGUGGGUGGGGACAGUUCUCCAGUGGGCUCUGUGAACUCAUGCAGUCCUUGUCCGAGCCCCAUCAGCCUGGAGUCUGAGACAGAACGACUGAACAGGUGCAUUGAGAGACUGAGGGCCAGAAAUGAGCGUCUGACUGCGGCUCUGGAGCGAAGGAAAGGAGAGUCAGAGCAGAUCAGUUUUACAGUAAACAGACUUGAAGCUGACUGCGCUGCCCUGCAGAUGGCUCUCAGAUACUGUGAGGAGUGUGAAGAGGCCUACAGCGAGCUGCUGUCACUUUAUGACGCCAAGAAGCAGCAAAGCAUUCCCCUGCAGACAGACUCAGCAGACGCUGACGGUGACAGGCAGCAGCCCGACAGUCCGUCAACUCAGCUCAUGAAAAUGGGAACUGAAGAGCUGUCCACCUCCUUCUCCACAGCAGGAGUCACAGAGGAGACGGAAACACAGAGUCACACGGGGCAGAGGACACCUGAGCUGAUGGAGCCAGAGGCUCUUCUCCGACAGCAAAUUGAGCGCCUGAAGAGAGAGCGGGCAGCCCUUCGUCUACCUAAGCCGAACCCAGGAGUUGAGGGUAAUAUGAGCCCUGAAACUGGUCUCCAGGGUCGAUCUAGAGGAGGACAUGUGACUAAAGAUAACGCCAAACCUCCUGAUAUCAAGAAAGAGAAGGCCUCCCUCUUCUAUGAACUCAUCUCUGUCAGGGAGGAGAUGUCAGAUCUGCGAGGUUUAAUCCGCCUCAAGGAGAAAGAGCUGAGGUGUCUGGAGUGGGGUUUAAUGGCGCAGAAGGCGCAGGAAGCAGCUGGAGCCUUCGUUCCAGAAAGCUUCAGAGAGGAGCCGGAGGAUCGUAACACCCAACAACAGAGGCUCUGUGAAAAUGCAGCUAAGCAUGGUAGUGAUGGGGACAUCACUGAUCCUCGAACCAGACCCAUUCUGAAAGAACUGCAGGCCGUCCUGCAAAGGGAACAAGCCCUGAAGAAGAGACUAGCUUUAGUCCAAGACUCGCUGAACACAGCUCUGUCAGACAGCACAUCGCACAGGAGGGACAACGGAGAGCAGAUUGCUCGGCUCUCACAAGCUCACAGUAAAGCCUUGAGUUCGUACCGCCAGAUUCGCAGGAAGUACCGGGAGCAGGUGUGGCGACUAGAGCAGAAAGUGGCGGCCAUGACGGAGAGUCACCAUCACCAGAGUGGAGCUCCCAAAGCUGCGGGAGAGGCCCUGGAGUGGAGGAGAGAAGAGACUGUCCUGUGAUCCUGUGAUCCUUUAGUCAGAGGAUCAGCUCUCCUGCUGUAAUAGUUACAUUUAUCCAAAGUAACUACAAUGUACAUGUCGUAUCAUAAGUUAUUGCACCACUCAGAUAGAAGCCUCAUCACUGCAGAAUAUUGGUCAUUGGUCAUCCUCUGAUUUUUCCUCGAGUGCCAUCAUGAGGUCGACAUUUGAAGUUUGGUUCACACGUUCGUGUACCAUUCAGAAUUAAUUGUAAGAAAUUCAGUGGUGCCUUAACGUUUCAUGUGACACCAUCAGGUGAAAAGUUAUCACCAAAGUAUCAACAUCAAUCCAAUACUUCAGUUUGUGACCAAAUUCCUGCUGACAAUGCUGCUGAAUUGUGUGCAUGCUAAAAUAAUAAAGUAACAUUAUAUAUUGUAAACAUUAUAAACUUAAGUAUGUUAGCAUAGUUCAUGAGUACAGCCCUACAGAGCUGCUAGCAUGGCUGUAGACUCUUGUUUAUGUCAUGUCAUGACAUGUUAAGGCAUUAUAAUACUUUCUUUUCUGUCAUGCAAAGAGAUAUUUACUUAUUUAUCAAUCUGUUUAUUGUCUAUUUAUCUAUCUACAGCAGUUCGUUCAGGCAUUCAUCGGCACUUGAGAGGUAAAUGCUGAGUAUAUUGGGCAGUAGAACAUGGAAGUCCUUGUCCCUUGUCACCAAUAAACUGAACAGGAAUUCAAAGCUGAACUUGUCAAACAGGACUCACUCAUCACAAGAGGCCCAGCCCUUAUUUCAGAGAAACAGCUGUUAUGAACAUGUGAGGCUGAUUCAAGGACUGAACCCUCGAAAACGACCUCAGGGCUGACCUCGAGAGCGCACAUGUCCAUUUUUCCCGUACAAGCUGACUGUAUAAAGCCGGCCGUGCUGUCGUCACAGAGCUCAGAAGAGGGGGAUGGGGGCCGGGACAAUGGCUGAUGUGCACACAAAACAUACGGCCAGCCCAUUUGUCUUCUUAGCACUUUCAUAGUUCUCCCCAUCCUGCUCCCUCUGCUUUUCACUGCUUCCACUCAUCUUAAACAGUCAGUUCAGACAAAUUGAACUAAAAACAUAUUUUCAUACUCUUUAAGCUAUGCAAAUACUUUUAAUAUCUGCCACCAUAUCAAUAUACUGGCUGACCCUGAUGAGCACCUAUUUUGAGUAAAUCAAACAAAUACCGUCCUGGUGCUGUAAACAUUAUCAGGUAUUCAAAAGAUGCUUUUUAAAUGAAACUAUAUAUUUGUGACUUUGUCCCAGAUUUGAAAACCGAAUAAAAACAGACCAGCCAUAUCGGACAUUUGUGCAAGCGGCCUAUUAUGUUCUAUAUUUCUGUUUGUUGUUAGGUCGUGACCUCUAGUUGUGUAGUAAUUUUAACGGGGCAAAGGAGGAGGUCAGGUGACACGUUAUAAAGAGUGACAAAGUCCACUUGGGGAUAAGGUAGGACACAAGAUUGCUGUUCGUGCUCCGUGUGAAGUCAAAAGUUGGUGUGUAGUUAUAUUAACUUACAUACUUACAUAUCAUAUAUGAGUAAAAUAUAAAUAUAUAUUUUUGACUGUCUGAUAAAGAUCUUUGGUAGAUUGAAAGUUUGUAGCAUAGUUCAAACUUGCAGCUUUAAUAUAGUGUGCAGAUUUUUUUGCUCCCUUGUUUAAUCUCUUCUGAUGCAGCACCCAAAGGUUUUUUGGAUUUGAAUACCCUGCACAAGAGCUGGAGCGACAUAUCACAAAAAGGCUUUACCCUCCUGUUAUGUUGCGGGUCAAACUGACCCAUUUCAAAGUUUUUAAAAAAUCCUUAAAAAAAAAAAAAAAAAAGUGUUUUUUUCAUUAAAAAAAAGGGGGAAAAAUUAAGAACUAUUAUAUUUUAUGAACUUUUUUGCACUUUUGAACAUGCCCGGGUCAAACUGAACACGGACAUUAUUGCUGUUCCUGAGAAACAAACAUGGGGGGUUAAGGGGGAGAACUUCAUCAGAUGUAAUUCUGACAUAAUGUUAAUGUAUUAUUAUGUUUUCUCUUACCCAAGUUAAGAGAAAAUUGAAAACAGUAUGAAUAAAAAAGAAAACUGUAUAGAAAGACUAAAUCACAAUAACUUCUUUGUAAUAUGGGUGAACCAGCCCUUUAAAACCCAGCUCUUUACACCCAUCUUCACACCCACCCUUCACUCUUCUCUCCCUCCAUCUUCUCUCCUUGCUCACCUCUCAAUCAUCUCCAUCCCCUCUCGCUGCUCCAGCCGACCCCCCUGCCCUGACCUUCCCGGGCCGGUCAGCUGCAGCUGUGACCGGCGGUCAGGAGGUUAAGGCAAAGGUUGAGUGUCACACCCACAGGGUCACAGUGAUGCCUGGCUGUUGUGUUAGCUUGUGAAUGGAGGGUUCAGAGUGCCAGACGAGGUGGCGAGCCCCUGACGCCCUGACUCUUGCCUGAGCUUGCCCUUUCCCGAGCAG